GAUGUAGCCACAGCUGAUGAACUUCUAAAAGGGAAAGUCACAGCUCUUCUGUUCUCGGCAUCAUGGUGCCCACCUUGUCUCAAGUUCCUGGCACUUUUAAAAAAGUUCUAUAAUGAAUUAAAAGACUCUGAGUGUGCUAUUGAAGUUGUGUUUGUAAGUUUGGAUCAUAAUAAAGAAUCUAUGGAAGAUUAUUUUAUCAAUAACCAUGGUGAUUGGUUUGCUCUACCAUUUGACGAGUCUUUAAAAGACGAGCUUACAAGUACAUAUCAUAUCACAGCUAUACCCAAACUGGUGGUCAUUAGAGCGAAUGGAGAGGUCAUCACUCUUAGAGGACGAAAAGAUGUCCAAGAUAAGGGAACUUCGUGUUUCCGCUCUUGGCUGAAU